UGCAGAAGACACGGAGGGAGAGAUUUACCCGAGUAUACAAAGUGAAGUUCGUGCGUGUCUACAAGAUAGGACGGAGGAAAGAGAAAGUUUUCCUUGGAUGCUGCUGAGUCAGAAAAGUUCAGCUCCCAAGUGGACUGUCCCCAGAGGCCUGACCCCACUGGGACUUGACCCACAAUGCAGCAAAGGCACCUGUAUGCCGAGUCUGAGGCUGGUCACAGCUCCCGCGGCCCAGGGAGCUGCUGGAUUCAUCUACAAGGCAUGAGAGCUGCCAGGCUACUGCUGCUGCUGCUGCUGCUGCUGUGAGCAGGCAGACACUUCCAACAGGCUCGUGGAUGGGUCCUAAAAGAUCUUGAUUGGCUCCUGAGGAACUACUGUUUUGCUGGGUCGGUUGCCCAUCAUCCUGUCCCCGCAGUCGACCAUGAACCAGCCAGACCCUGUCAGUGACCCAGACCUCAGCCCUGCACCUCUGUGUGUGGUAUGCGGCCAAGCCCACUCCCCCGAGGAGAAUCACUUCUACACCUACACGGAAGACGUGGACGACGACCUCAUAUGCCACAUCUGCCUGCAAGCGCUGCUGGAGCCCCUGGACACGCCCUGCGGACACACCUACUGCACUCUCUGCCUCACCAACUUCCUGGUAAACAAGGACUUCUGCCCCCUGGAUCGCAUGCCCGUGAUUCUCCAGCACUGCAAGAAAUCCAGCAUCCUGGUCCACAAGCUCCUCAACAAGCUGAUGGUGACCUGCCCGUUCACCGAGCACUGCACGCAGGUAGUGCAGCGCUGCGACCUGGAGCAGCACUUUCAAACCAGCUGUAAAGGUGCCUCGCACUAUGGCCUGGCCAAAGACAGGAAGAGGCGCUCUCAAGAAGGCCAUCCAGACAGCUGUGCCAGUCUCCCAGCAACAACGCUCUUCCCCGAGGUUUCUGCAGCUGCCACCAUCGCCUUAAUGACCGACGAGCCUGGCCUGGACAACCCUGCCUACGUGUCCACGGCAGAGGAUGGUCAGCCAGCAAACAGUCCGUCAGACUGUGGCCGGAGCAACCGAACCAGGGCACGGCCCUUUGAGCGAUCCUCUGUUAGAAGCAGGUCGUUUAAGAAGUUAAAUCGAGCUCUGAGUGUUCUUCGAAGGACAAAGAGUGGAACUGCAGUUGCCAACCAAGCUGACCAGGGCAGAGGAAAUUCUGAAAACACCCCUUUCCCUGAAGUCUUUCCAAGGUUGUAUCACCUGAUUCCAGAUGGUGAAAUUACCAGCAUCAAGAUUAACCGAGUGGACCCCAAUGAAAGCCUCUCCAUUAGGCUUGUGGGAGGCAGCGAAACCCCGCUGGUCCACAUCAUCAUCCAACACAUCUAUCGUGAUGGGGUGAUCGCCAGAGAUGGCCGGCUACUGCCCGGGGACAUCAUUCUAAAGGUCAACGGCAUGGACAUCAGCAACGUACGUCACAACUACGCCCUGCGCCUCCUGCGGCAGCCCUGCCGGGUGCUGUGGCUGACUGUGCUGCGCGAGCAGAAGUUCCGAAGCAGGAGCAACGGGCAGGCGCUGGACACCUGUGGGCCCCGGAAUGACAGUUUCCAUGUGAUUCUCAACAAAAGCAGCCCUGAGGAGCAGCUCGGGAUAAAACUGGUGCGCAAGGUGGACGAACCUGGGGUAUUCAUUUUCAACGUGUUGGAUGGUGGUGUGGCGGACCGACACGGUCAGCUGGAGGAGAACGACCGUGUGUUAGCCAUCAAUGGACAUGACCUUAGAUACGGCAGCCCAGAAAGCGCAGCUCAUCUGAUCCAGGCCAGUGACCGGCGCAUUCACCUCGUCGUGUCCCGCCAGGUCCGUCAGCAGAGCCCUGACAUCUUUCAGGAAGCCGGCUGGAGCAGCAACGGCAGCCAGUCCCCAGGGCCGGAGGACAGGAGCCACACUCCCAAGCCCCUCCAUCCUGCGGUUACUUGUCAUGAGAAGGUGGUUACUGUCCGAAAAGAUCCCAGUGAAUCUCUCGGCAUGACCGUUGCAGGGGGAGCGUCCCACAGGGAGUGGGACUUGCCGAUCUACGUCAUCAGUGUUGAGCCCGGAGGAGUCAUAAGCAGAGACGGAAGAAUAAAAACAGGUGACAUUUUAUUGAAUGUGAAUGGAAUAGAACUAACAGAGGUCAGCCGGAGCAAGGCCGUUGCACUACUGAAAAGCACGUCCUCCUCGGUGGUUCUUAAAGUCUUGGAAGUCAAACAAUGUGAGCCCCAGGAAGACUGUGGCAGCCCAGCAGCCCUGGACGCCAACCACAACACAGCCCCGGACGCCAACCACAACACAGCCCCAGCUGGUGACUGGUCCCCGUCCUGGGUCAUGUGGCUGGAAUUACCAGGGUACCUGUAUAACUGUAAAGAUGUCAUACUACGAAGAAACACAGCUGGAAGUCUGGGGUUCUGCAUUGUAGGAGGUUAUGAAGAAUACAAUGGGAACAAACCUUUUUUUAUCAAAUCCAUUGUUGAAGGAACACCAGCAUACAAUGAUGGAAGAAUUAGAUGUGGUGACAUUCUUCUGGCUGUGAACGGCAGAAGCACAUCAGGAAUGACGCAUGCCUGCUUGGCGAGGAUGCUCAAAGAACUUAAAGGAAAGAUCACUCUGACCAUUGUUUCUUGGCCUGGCACUUUUUUAUAGAACGAUGGGUCAUAGAAAAACAGAAAAUCACAAUUAAGUUUAAACAAUGUAUUUAUCUUGUCAUUUUUUUGUAUUUAAAGAAUACACUGAAAAAAUGUGAACUUUAAUGUCAGCAAAAAUAUGAUGUAAUGGAAGCCAAUUACACCUCAAAAUAUAAUUCUCCAAACAUAACAUUACUAAUAGUUUUUAUUCAGUGUGGAGGAUUUUGCAUCACUAAACUUUAUAUUUUUCUAUUUAAUAAAAAGCUCUUAAACAGAUGAAAUGAUUUGUAUGCCCCCGAUGAAUUCAAAUCAUACAACUAAAUUAAAAAUCUGGUAUAUGCUGAGGUCUGCAAGGGUACAUUCUAGGUGUUUUAAAAUAAUUUACACCCAGAGGAUUUUAUAAGUUAAUUGCCAAAAAAUGUUCCUUUCAUCAAAUGAGAAAUAAAUAUUUUUUAAAAAUUA